AGGCGGCCGUGGUCGGUGGGCUCCGGCUGGCGCAGCGGCCGAGGCGGCGGCGCGGGUGAGCGGAACUGAGCCCGGCAAGUCCCCGGAGGCGAUGUUGCCCGGCGCGGGCUCCUGCGUAAGGCGGGCGCUGUGACAGGCCGGCCGGUGAGGCGCCGCCGGGGGAGGCCGCGACGGAGCUCCCGGACCGGCCAUGGGCUGAGACACGUCCUCGCCGAGCAGAACAUGCCCGGGUGAUUCCCUCCCAGAUCUUCCUUGUGGAUUUCCUCGCACUCCCUAGUGACACUAUGCAACCCCAGCGUGACCUGCGAGGCCUCUGGCUCCUGCUGCUGUCCUCAUUCCUGCUCCUUUUUGAGGUGGCCAGAGCUGGCCGACCCGUGGUUAGCUGUCCUGCCGCCUGCCUGUGCGCCAGCAACAUCCUGAGCUGCUCCAAGCAACAGCUGCCCAAUGUGCCCCACUCCUUGCCCAGCUACACAGCCCUGCUGGACCUCAGCCACAACAACCUGAGCCGCCUGCGGGCUGAGUGGACCCCCACGCGCCUGACCCACCUGCACUCCCUGCUGCUGAGCCACAACCACCUGAACUUCAUCUCCUCUGAGGCCUUUUCCCUGGUACCCAAACUGCGCUACUUGGACCUCUCCUCCAACCAGCUGCGUACACUGGAUGAGUUCCUGUUCAGUGAACUGCAAGCACUGGAGGUGCUGCUGCUCUACAAUAACCACAUCGUGGCAGUGGACCGCUCUGCCUUCGAUGACAUGGCCCAGCUGCAGAAACUCUACUUGAGCCAGAACCAGAUCUCCCGCUUCCCUCUGGAACUGGUCAAGGAAGGAACCAAGCUAACCAAACUAACACUCCUGGAUCUCUCUUCCAACAAGCUGAAGAACUUGCCAUUGCCUGACCUGCAGAAACUGCCGGCAUGGAUCAAGAACGGGCUGUACCUGCAUAACAACCCCCUGCACUGUGACUGUGAGCUGUACCAGCUCUUUUCACACUGGCAGUACCGGCAGCUGAGCUCUGUGAUGGACUUUCAGGAGGAUCUGUACUGCAUGAGCUCCAAGAAGCUGCACAAUGUCUUCAACCUGAGUUUCCUCAACUGUGGUGAGUACAAGGAGCGUGCCUGGGAGGCCCACCUGGGUGAGAAAUUGAUCAUCAAGUGUGACACCAAGCAGCAGGGGAUGACUAAGGUGUGGGUGACACCAAGCAAUGAACGGGUGCUAGAUGAAGUGGCCAAUGGCACAGUGAAAGUGUCCGAGGAUGGCAGUCUUCAUUUCCAGAAGGUGCAGGUCAAGGACGGUGGUGUGUACACCUGCUACGCCAUGGGGGAGACUUUCAAUGAGACACUGUCUGUGGAGUUGAAAGUGUACAAUUCCACCUUGCACGGGCACCAUGACACCCUCAACACAGCCUAUACCACCCUAGUGGGCUGUAUCCUUAGUGUGGUUCUGGUCCUCAUAUACCUAUACCUCACCCCUUGCCGCUGCUGGUGCCGGGGUGUAGAGAAGCCUUCUAGCCAUCAAGGAGACAGCCUCAGCUCUUCCAUGCUUAGUACCACACCCAACCAUGAUCCUCUGGCUGGUGGGGACAAAGAUGAUGGUUUUGACCGGCGGGUGGCCUUCCUGGAACCUGCUGGACCUGGACAGGGUCAAAAUGGCAAGCUCAAGCCAGGCAACACCUUGCCGGUGCCCGAGGCAACAGGCAAAGGCCAACGGAGGAUGUCGGAUCCAGAAUCGGUCAGCUCGGUCUUCUCUGAUACUCCCAUUGUGGUGUGAGCAGGAUGGGUUGGUGGGGAGAUUCUGCCCCAGGAGAGGUAAUGCACCCCGAAGGAUAUGAGGGGAUGGAAGAGAGGGCUGACUGCCCAAGGGAGUGGGUUCCUCCUGACCGCAAGGGAAUAGGUCAUGGGUACAACAGGAGGCAAGACCCUAUCCAGGGUGUGGCUGCCACAGUUUUCAAAUAUGGAUAUGUUAAUCCUCAGGCAAAUGCCACACCCCUAUCCCAAAACCUGGCAAUUCUCAAUGUGGUAGAGGAAGCAUGUCUGAGUUGGAUGGGAAUGAGGAAGGGGUGAGGGGAAGAGCAGAGUCCCUAAACUUUUGAGGUCAUUGCUAGCUCCUUAAGCAAAAACCAUCUGAAAAAUUCUUUCUGCCUCUGCCCACCCACAAGAUGUGUAUGUUGGAGGGAGCUUCCGCUGGAGCCACACUGGGGGAAAACUGUAGUAAUCUUCUCUGGUCAGGAAGUCACACUUCACAGCUGGGGAAAUUGGAAACCUUUGGAAAAUGAGUCAGGAAAAGGCUAAGUCCUCAUCAAUAACACUCCCCAAAGCUGUUGUGAGACUUCCCACAAAAGCCUCCCUCUUUCCCGAUGAGCCUUGAGUGGAUUGGUCUUUGCAGGAGCCUGGCCCAUUGCCUGUUAGUUAUGGCAGCAGUGUGGGAUGUGGGAUCUGUGCCUUGUCCUGGGACCAAUGGCACAGAGGGGCACAGGGGUCUGUGUCACAGCGUAGGUGCCAGCACAAAACUUAUAGAUGGGGGGUGAAUUCCAGAUAGGGUGAUUCUCUGGUUAGUGAAACCCUUGGUUAGCAUUUGAUUUCCAGCAUCUGUGUGUCAGACUAGAGUGGGGGCUGCUGAAGGGCAGAGAGCUUUUAUGGAUGCCUGCCACAGACAUGGUAUGUGGGCCCACUUCAAACUAGAAGGAUGAGAAUAAAUCAGUCUCUAUUAUGUAGCAUCCAGCUGGACCUA